AUUCCGUUUAACGGCAGAUGGGAAGUUCUCUGAACGUAGAUAAUUCACUUCCAUAUAGGGCAAGCAGUUUGAGUCAUUUGAGGUACACGAAUGGUAUUUUUGGUGGUGUGUGUUUGGGUUUUGUGAUCUGUGUCAAGUUUUCUUUUGUUUAUCACGAGGUCAGGAGAGGUUGCCGGGGACAUUCUAAUUGUAUAAGGACGCCAUUGGAAUGAGAGAAUGUCAAUUCCUAACCUCCCGUGAAUUGGGUUUGGAUUAAGCUUUGGUUAUGUUUUCAAGACGGGAUUUACCUGUUUAGAGGAUUUAUCUGUGUGGAUUCUUAAUAACGAACAGGCAGUGUGUAUUGGCUUGUGUAUUGCAAGAAAUAGAACGUGAAGAUGGCCAGCGCGGACGGGUCAUGGAAUUUGACCAUCACAGUUACGGAUUUACAGGUGGAGCGAACCCUCCGGGUGACAGGGGACCUGCACGUGGGCGGGGUCAUGGUCCAGCUCGUGGAGGCUCUUGAUAUUGCAAUGGACUGGUCAGAUCAUUCACUGUGGUGGCCGGAGAGAAACACAUGGUUGACAAGGUCAAGGUCAACUCUAAACCAGUACAAUGUACAGGCUGAUGCCAAACUACACUUUACACCCAUGCACAAAAAUGUGCGAGUGCAGCUUCCUGACCUGCAGAUCAUCGAUCAAAGAAUGGACUUCUCAAAGAAUGUUUUCUCAGCUGUCAUACUGCUCUGUAAAGAAUUAGGUAUACGACAUCCCGAGGAACUAUCCAUUAUGAGGUACCUGGACAAAGAUGACCUAAAGAAGAGUAUAAAAGAAAAUUUAAACCAAAAGAAAAAGAAAGACUCGAAGGAUGAAUUGGUAAUGGGUGUGAAUGGAAACGGUACUGUGCAUCACUCAUCGUCCGGCAGUCUGGAUAGGCUGAGUCCUUUCAGCAGGAGUCCAGCAGGACCCUCUCCUAACAAUACAUUAAGUAGGACACCAGGUUUGACCCCAGGACCUACAAUGACCCCUGGAGUCAGCUCCUAUAGUGCAAAUUCUGUGUCGCCCUAUAAUACGUUCAACAGCACCUUCAACGCCAACGGGACAAUGUCACCAGGGUCCAUGUACAGUCUGUCUUUUGAAAGCUGUAUGGAGAAUGCUCUCGCCAACAGUCCGCCAGUGUCCAUCAGAGACGCUCAACCCUACCUCUACAAGCCAAAGAAUUAUGUAGAGAAAGCUAGAAUUAAUUACUCGUGGCUGGAUUCCUCUAAAUCUCUGAUGGAGCAGGGCAUCCGGGACAAUGAUUUUGUCCUCCUCAAAUACAAGUUCUUUUCUUUUUAUGACUUAAACCAAAAAUAUGAUGCUGUCAGGGUAAACCAGAUCUUUGAGCAGGCCAAGUGGAAUAUCUUGUCAGAGGAAGUGGACUGUACAGAGGAGGAGAUGAUGAUGUUUGCUGCUCUACAGCUGCAGAUCCAGACACAGGCAAGUCAACCACAGCCCAAUGACUCCAUGAUGGACAAUGGUGGUCACUCACUGGACACAGACGACAUAGAUGCUGACCUCACAAACCUAGAGGAGUCAUUGGAAGGGUCCAUGUUGUCAUCACCAGGGGAUAUCACUGCGAUUCCAGAACUCAGUGACGAGAUCAAGUUCCUUAAACCUAAGAAAAUAUUACUUCGGAAGAGCUACAGCAGAGCAUGGUGUACAUUCAAGGACACACAUAUAGCAUUUUACAAGAGCAAGGACGAGUCCCAAGGUGCACCUUUCAUGAGAAUCAACACAAAAGGGUGUGAAAGCCAUCCAGAUUUGAAUAUAUCUUCAAGAAAGUAUGGCAUGAAAUUGUUCGUACCAGAAUCUGAUGGGAUGUCGGAAGUCUGGCUCAGGUUUGAUAUGGAAGAGCAAUACUGUAAAUGGAUGGCAGCAUGUAAACUAGCCUCUCAAGGCAAGACGAUGGCUGAUAGCUCCUAUGAGACAGAAGUUCAGAGUCUGAAGACGAUGCUGAGUCGCCAGCACUUGUCGUCACAGCCAGGUACAUCCCCUACAAUACAGGUGGACAUCAACUCUGAGGACUUCGUGGCUCCACGCUUCUACAAGAAAAUCAAGUCUAAACAGCUACAACAGAGAAUCUUGGAGGCCCAUGCUAAUGUGCAGAACCUGAAUUUAAUUGAUGCUAAGAUGGCCUUCAUCAAGGCAUGGCAGGCCCUACCAGACUUUGGUGUAACCUACUUCAUCAUCAAACAGAAAGGUGCCAAGAAAGAGGAGUUGCUUGGUGUAGCUUACAAUAGGAUCAUCAGGAUGGAUGUUUCAUCUGGAGACUCAUUGAAGACCUGGCGCUACAACACACUGAAAAACUGGCACGUCAACUGGGAAGUAAAACAGGUGUUUCUGGACUUUGAGGGAGAGCGGCUAACUUUUGCAUGUUUAAAUGCUGACUGUAAAGUGGUUCACGAGUACAUAGGAGGCUAUAUAUUCUUAUCAAUGAGAUCACAGGACAAAAACCAGACCUUAAACGAAGAAUUAUUCCACAAACUUACAGGAGGAUGGAAUAAAUCCAUUGUCCUGUGAUCAGAACGCUAGUGCCUAACCUUAUCACAGGUCUUUCUCAAAAUAUUAACAGAUGGAAAUGCCUUACUGAACUGGUCACAUGACAGUCAAUACAACUAGGCACUCAUACAGAGAGAGCUCUCCCAGGAUGUACCACACAAAGACUCCCGUAGGUGGCGCUAGUUGUGUUCACAUUCUGUGUAAACAAAAGGAGGCUCUUAAAUUAACACCUUACAACCAGUCACCAGAAAGAUGACAUGAUAGUCACCCAGUAUAAAUGGUGAAAAGAAGUGGGAAGUGAUGAUAUUGAAAUAAAUUUGUUGAAAUGGUUACUUUCUGAGAAGACCUUAAUGAGUGAAUGUCCCAAAGUGUUCUUUGUAAUCAAUCACCUGAUGUGAAUCAGACUGUCAGGUAUGUCACACUGCUGUCAGUCAAAAGUGGAAAUAUGUGCAACAUUCAUUCAUUAGUGCUGAGACAGUCUUCAUUAUCAACCUUGUGUAGAUGCGCUGUGCAUGCAUGAUCUCCACAUUUUCUUUGUAUACGCAACUUAGCUUCCAUUCUACCCAGGGCUGUCAUUAUUGCUUCGGUUGUACCGGGAGGAAAGUCUAUUUUGUUCCAUCCAGGGAUCCUUUGGAUGCCUUGAUUGAAUGGGGAGGAGGGUCCAUGCCCACUUUUUGUUCCACCUAGGGCUCCCCUGUAUUGUGAGAAGGAUCUAUACCUAAUUCUGUCCCACCUUUGGGCUCCCCUGAUGGCCUGGUUUAUAUGAAGAUAGUCCAUACCCGGUAUGUGACAUCUACAGGUUUGAAGCACAGCUUUUAUAUUUAGACAGACAAGGAUAAUUUCAGUGUGGAAUUUUAUAAAUGGCAUUACUGCUUAAACAUUGUAGAAGUACAUAAACAAAGUGUUAUUUUUAAAAGUCUGUCCUGGUUAUGUAGUUCCUGUGGUCAUAUAACACACAAAACAUGUUUUUUUUCUGAUUAUUUUAUCCAGUGAUCUAACAGCAAAUGAAAACAAAAUGAGUAAGGGGAGAAAACUCUCAUACAUACGUAGGUUCCUUACUGUUUCAAGAAUGCCACUGCCCAUUGGUAACAAUGCUUCCAGUAAUAUCUAGACAAGUUGAAUUUCAUACUCAGGUUACAGAUGUGUAUUACUUAUUACUAUUGAAACGUAGACGUUGACAGUUUCCACGAGAAACAGAUAGGAAGUAGUUUGUAUAUGAAAUGUUUGAGGUCCACUCUGUACUGGAAUGACUCAAACUGUUACCAAGUGUUACCAUGUGUGAUUCAGAGGAUAUAAUCAAGUGGUCUUAUUUAUGGUGUAAGUAGUACAAUUGUUUCAUAAUAUGAGAUACAGUGUUUGAUACGCUAUAUAUAUAAAAAUUACUAAAAUUAUAUAAUUUGUAAAAUGAUUUUGUAUUCUUUUCAAGACAUUUUUAUUAUGAAGUGUGAUUAUAACUUUAUUUUAAUGGAGAUGAAAAUGGCUGUAAAUUUUUAUCCCUGAUUUGUGAUGCUCAUUAAAUGAUGCUAUUCUGUUAUCCUGGUAACCCUGUUGUGGUGCAUUUUAAUGUGUGUACAUACUGGUAUGCAUCACGCUUGUGUCAUUCUUGUCAGUAGGUUUAUGUGUGUUGUAUUGUUUUUAUGUGUGUUUGUAAAAAUAAAUACAACAAAUUUGCAGAGUUAUAUAAAAGCUGUGUACAUUGUAUAGAUAUAUUUAUGUCAUUUUAUAAUAUAUUAUCUGUAUAAAUUAAAAUCACCAAACCAAUUUA